AUGGCCCGUGCCUGCCUCUCGGUCCUCGCACUGAGCACCCUCUGCGCGCUGACGUCGGUCCAUGCGACGCGCCACCACCUCGAGAGCUUCCGCGGCCACGCCCAUCACAUCCAGUACGACCCGAACAACAACUGGAUCCCGGCCGUGACCGAGCACAACUACACCGAAGCAGUCCUCGACCACUUUGCGCCUGUCGCGGCGCGCAAGCACUGGAACCAGCGCUACUUUGUCAACGACGAGUUCUGGGCCGGUGAGGGCUACCCGGUCUUUCUGUACAUUGGCGGCGAGGGCCCGCUCUCGGCGUCGGCGCUCUCGAGCCGCAACUACAUCCACACGCUCGCCAAGUCGCACCGCGCGCUCAUGGUGGCCGUCGAGCACCGCUUCUACGGCAAGUCGUAUCCGACGCCAGACAUGAGUACGGCGAACCUGCAGUAUCUCUCGAGCCAGCAGGCGCUCUUCGACCUCGCUCGCAUCCACAACUACCUCACGGGCGUCUACGGCCUCGGCCAAAGCAAGUGGGUCGCAUUUGGCGGAAGCUACCCCGGUGCGCUCGCAGCGUGGUUCAAGCUCAAGUACCCGUCGCUCGUCGCCGGCAGCGUCGCGAGCUCGGCGCCGCUUUGGGCCAAAGAGAACUUUCCCGAGUACAUGGAAGUUGUCGGGAACGGUCUUCGGUAUUUUGGCGGCGGCGAGUGCUACCGCGCGGUCGAGCAGGCCAUGGUGGCCCUGCAUGGCCUUCUCGACGGCGGCCGCGAAGGUCGGCAAAAGCUCAACGAGCUCUUCCACCCGUGCACGCCCAUGAAGAACGAGUUUGACGACUCGGUCUUUGAGACGUCCGUCAUGUCACUCUUCCAGAGCGUGUCCCAGUACAACGGUAUUUACGCAGGCCCGACGCUCAAGGACGUGUGCAACAUUUUUGCGAAGAGCAACGACUCGCUCGCGCAGCUUGCCGUAUUUGUCCAGACGGCGUCGAAAAAGCCGUGUCUCGACUCGAACUUUGAAGGCACGGCCAACGGCACGAUCGAGGUGCUCAGCGAGACGGCAUUCGACGGCACGAGCUCGAGCCGCCAAUGGUUUUACCAGACGUGCAAAGAGUUUGGGUACUUUCAGACAGCCGAGUCGAACCAGUCGCCUUUCUGGCCGCUCAAAACGCAGACGCUCCAGAACGUCGGCCUCGAAGUGUGCAAGCGCGUCUUCCAGAUUCACGCGCACCCGGACACACUCGGCAUCAACAGUGGCUACGGCUCGCUCAACAUCACGGUCGACCACGUCGUCUUUCCCAGUGGCACCAUCGACCCAUGGCAAGUGCUCGCCGUCCAAAACACGACGCGCAUGAACACCAAGACGGCGCGCCCGAUCUUCAUCGAAGGCACGGCCCACUGCGCCGACAUGUACGCGCCGAACGCAACCACCGACUCGGGCCACAUGCGCUGGGCACGCCGCGAGAUUGCCGCCGCCGUCGCUUCGUUUGUGAGCGCCCCGGUCGCUGCCGAGUAG